GCCGGCGGUGGGCGGGGCCAAGCCGCCCCCUCCGGUCGCCCGUGGAGACGGGCUGAGGGCGGAGGACGGGAGCGGCGGGCGGACCAUUACACCGAUAAAAUCAAAGCAAGCUGGACAGGUAGCAAGACUGCCUAUGUAGACUAAAGAAUUUGCUGAAGGUCACGUAACCUGAGGCCAAGCUGGAUCUCGUGACUCCCAGGCUGGUGCUUUAAUCAAGGACCGCUCCUGCUUUACAUGCUAGCUUCGCCGCGUCUCUGAAGAUGUCUGGGAAAACAGCUAGCACCACCAACAACAUAGCCCAGGCCCGAAGGACUGUCCAGCAGCUAAGAAUAGAAGCCUCAAUAGAAAGAAUAAAGGUGUCGAAAGCAUCGGCAGACCUAAUGCUCUACUGUGAAGAACACGCCAAGAAAGAUCCCUUGCUAAUGGGCAUACCCGCUUCUGAGAACCCUUUCAAGGACAAGAAAACCUGUAUUUUAUUGUAGGAGAGCGGCAGCUCCUCCGCAGCCCCCCGGGCAGCGCCGGCGGGCGAGCAGGCAAAUCCUCUCUAAGGUACCGGCUCCUCACUGUGCAAGAGCGGCCGCUCUUUUACCAAGCGUGUAAACGGUUUCUUCAGCUUUCUAAAGCGUUUCUUCUCUUCCCUACCUUUAUUUGGAGGUUUCCACCCGAAUUCGCUUCUUUCUUGUCCAAGGGAAUGGGGUCCGUGUCUCCUCGUCCCCGGGAUGGGGGACCCGGCGUCACUUUGCAAGUUAAACGAGACCAAAGUUGCCUGAGCUUUGCUGACAGAGCAGAGGCAAAAAACCUGAUUGAACGCCACUGGUUUUACAUUUUUGUUAAAUUAUGUGUGCGGGGAGGGGGGUAUAGCUGUGUUGGUAGCGCAGGUUUCUGCACAGGCGCGUUUCGAAGUGCGUUUUCUGGCAAAAACUACCUUCAAAAACGCUCCCGGGAGCCCUGCCUGCAGCCCGCCUUACGCUGGCCUCUCUUGACAGAGGGUUUUUAAGUGUAAAACGCCAGGUGUCACGAAUCAGAGAUCCGCGGAUCGAUCUUCUGGCUUUUUAAGAGGAGCUGAAAAAGCAGGAUCUUCAGCUUCGGUUCUGCUUCUCGACAUUUUCAUCUCUAAUUAUUAAAAAUCAGUGUUAGCAUUAAAAAAAACCAAAACCCUGUCAAAAGAAUCAAAGGCCGCAGGCGCGUACUGCCCGGGCUUCGAUGGGUCCGUCACUCCAAGUCCCAGUUACAGUUUGUGCAGGGAGUCGGGAUUUGGCUCUUUUUUAAAAUUCAUUUUUUAAGGGGAAAAAUGCCAAAUUAUAUCCAGAUUGUGGUUACGCGGAUAAAAUUGGAGGGCCUUUCCAUCAAGUAAGUGAUUUUAUAUAUAUAUAUAUAUAUACGUAAUAAAAAAGUCUUUCUCUGUG